AUGCGCCCCCCGGCGUCCCACGGAGCACGGCUUGUGCGCAGGCGCAGAGCGGUCGCGACGAGUGGGCGGGGCGAGAAGCGGCUGUAUCGCUCCGAGGAAGGCGGCUCAGGGUCGGGGCAGAAGCCGGGUGCGCCCCACGCGUCGUGGUUUUUCGGGGACGCUUACGGGUGCAGCCGCGGCCCCGUCGCAGCACCUGCCGCGGAGCGUGAGCGCGGGGAAAGGCGGUGGCGCGGGCGGGAGCCUCGCCCAGAGUGGCCCCGAGCCCCAACCUGUUGCGCCGGCAGGACCUGGGGGGACGUCGAGGCCCGCGUAGGGGCCCCGCUGCAGCCCGAGGCCUGGGCGGCCGUGCGGACCGCCGCGCUCAGAGGAGGGGAGGCGCGGGGCGCGAAGGGCCGGUGCCAAGGGCUUGGAGCGGCCCGGCCCGGUCGCCGUCGGUUACUUUCUGGCCGAGCAUCUGAGUUAAGUGGGAUCCCAGGCGCUGUACGAGUGACCGCUCAAGGCGAAGGAGGGUUGCGACUCGUGCCAGGGUCUCCUGGUGGCAAGAUGGAGGCUACCACCAAGAUGGCUGCACACGUGAAGCUGGACCCCACACAGCACCCUCACCUCGGGUCUUCCCAGCCCUUCCACAGAGAGCCUGACAGCUGGGUUCAGCACCCCCAGGGGUUCUCAACCCUUGGCCUGGGACACCAUGGCGGGGUACCUGUGACACACCCUCCCCAGGUCUGGAUCCUUCCCUUGGUACCUCUCUACCCUAGGGGUUCUGUGGAGUUCUCUUUUGUUGGUUCCUAGUUAAUUUCUGUAAGUAAUUAAUUGUUUUCUGUACUGAACGGCCCUUGUCUCCACGUUGGACCCAUGGACAGACCUGGAUUGAAGAUAUUGUGGAUUUUAAAUCGCUGGCUCUGAGGUUCUAUAUCUCCUUCAGCAGUGUUGA